AUGGCAUCAGUCAACAAGCCUAUCAACGUCUGUGUCCUUGGUGUCGGCCUCGCUGGGCUGGCUUUUCAUGUACCCUUUGUGCUCGCUCUCCCCGAGUACUUCAAACUUCACGCCGUGCUCGAGCGCAACCCGAAGUCUGAGGGUGGCAAGGUCAAGGAGCGCUUCGGGGUCGCGCCACAGGUCAUCCAUCGCACGAUCGAAGAUGUUUGCGCGGAUCCCGAGAUCCAGCUUGUCAUCGUGGGCACUCCCAAUGAGACCCACUACGACUACGCGAAGGCUGCUUUGACGGCUGGAAAACAUGUACUGGUUGACAAGCCAAUCACUCCUGACGCGGCGCUUGCAUGGGAGCUUCGCGAUCUUGCAAAAGCGAAGGGCCUGGUUCUGUACCCCUUCCAGAACCGGCGAUGGGACUCGGACUAUCUCGCACUCAAGAGCUUGCUCGCCCUUCCCGCCACAAAUGCGCAAUCGCUCGGUGAACUGGUUGAAUUCGAGUCCCACAUGGAUCGCUACCGCAACGAGCUCAAGGGUACUUGGAAGGAUGAGGCAAAGCCUGCUGCUGGCCAGUUAUUCGAUUUGGGCGCGCAUCUUAUCGACCAAGCGCUCACGUUGUUCGGCCGACCCGCCACUGUCACCGGUAUAACUGAGAAUGUCCGUGGUCUCGGUUCCCCUGACGUCGAUGACAGCUUCACCGUAAUCUUGCGCUACCCCGCCGGCAAAGUCUCAAAGCACCCCUUCACAGCGAUUCUUCGCGGACAUAUCUUGUCUGCACGCGCCAAACAGCCCCGCUUUAUCGUUCGUGGUGACAAGGGCACGUACGUCAAGUUCGGCGUCGACAUCCAGGAGGAUCAACUCCGCGCCAUGCCUAGUGCGCAAGAUAUCCACGGCAAGACAUACGGUAUUGAACCAGAGUCAUUGUACGGCACCCUCGACAACCUCCGCGAUGAUGGCUCCAUCGUUGAGUCCAUAUGGCCGUCAAAGGCGCCCGGGUCGUAUCAGGACUUGUUCCGCAACCUAGCCGAGUCCAUAUUGGGCACGGCAGAACAGGCUGUCAAGUGGGAGGAGUCGGCUCUGGCAGUACAGGUCAUUCAGCUGGCACACCAGAGUUCGCGUGAGGGCCGCACGCUCGCUAUUCCUACGGCUUAG